AUGGACUGCAAGAUAUUAGUGUUAGGCGCGGGUGGUCUAGGUUGUGAAAUCCUCAAAAAUUUGGCGAUGCUAAGUUUUGUCAAGCAGGUUCAUAUUGUUGAUAUGGAUACUAUCGAAUUGACAAAUUUAAACAGACAAUUUCUUUUCCGUGAUGCAGACAUAGAUAAGCCAAAAGCUCAGGUAGCAGCCCAAUAUGUAAACUCACGAUUUCCUCAGCUGCAGGUCGUUCCUCAUGUGCAGGACCUUACCACUCUACCCCCGAGCUUUUAUAAGGACUUCCAAUUUAUCAUCUCGGGACUGGAUGCCAUUGAACCACGUCGUUACAUCAAUGAAAUUCUCGUGAAGCUCACCUUGGAAUCCAAUUAUGAAAUUUGUAUCCCCUUCAUAGAUGGUGGAACAGAGGGCCUCAAGGGUCAUGUAAAGACAAUCAUCCCGGGCAUCACUGCAUGUUGGGAAUGUUCCAUCGAUACCUUGCCUUCACAACAGGAUACCGUACCAAUGUGCACGAUCGCCAACAACCCUCGCUGCAUCGAGCACAUUGUUGAGUACGUCUCAACGGUAAAAUACCCCGAGCUAGAUGUUGAGUCUACGGCGAAUGUUGAAUUUAUUUUGGAGAAGUGCUACGAAAGAGCUGCAAGAUUUAACAUCUCUACGGAGAAGCUAUCAACAGAAUUUAUCCUGGGUAUAAUCAAGAGUAUCAUACCGAGUGUAAGCACUACAAAUGCAAUGGUUGCCGCCACAUGCUGCACACAGAUGGUUAAGAUAUACAAUGAUCUAAUCGACUUGGAAAACGGUAAUAAUUUUACUCUGAUUAACUGCUCCGAAGGUUGCUUUAUGUAUAGCUUUAAGUUCGAACGGUUACCCGGCUGUCAGGUUUGCUCUUGCGAUUCCAACUAA